CUCUUAAAAACUUAAACCAACCCUCCCCUCUCCAUCUAUAUAUAUAGGCGCACACGCAAAUCCCUGUACAACACUCAUCUCUCAAUCAAGCAAAUCUAAAAAAUGGAAGGACAACUGCAGCAUCGCUACGAAGAAGACCCUCAUCAUCACGCUGGUAUGCAGUCUGUGGUGGAGGGUGAAGGUGAGGCAGAGCAUCACAACCACCACGGCGAGAAGAAGUCGGUGCUCACGAAGGUGAAGAACAAGGCUAAGAAAAUCAAGGACAAAAUCAAGCACGCCGGUCACGCUCACGAAGGCGAUGACUACGAUUAUGACGAGGAUGAAGAAACCGUCGACGGAGGUCAUGUUCAUGGGGCACCAAUUGUGAAGGAAUCCGAAUUUAUCAGCGGCACGGCUCUGCCUAAACAAACCGGUCUCAAUUUGGAAGACCCGGUGAAUCCGGUGGAGGAACGCCAGAGUCGACUUGCAGGAGAUGAAAUAUACGGUGAUUUUGGGGCAAAUACGGCGUCGGAUCGCCCGGCUCUGCCAAAACAAACCGGUCUCAAUCUGAAAAACCCGUUGAAUCCACUGGAGGAUCGGCAGAGUCGAAUUGCAGGAGAUGAAGUAUACGGGGAUUUUGGGGCAAAUAUGGCGUCGGAGCCCACAGCUCUGCCUAUACAAACCGGUCUCAAUUUGGAAAACCCGCGGAAGAGUCGAAUUGCAGGGGAUGAAGAUGAAGUAUACCCUGAUGUUAUAGCAAAUAGGGAGUCGGAUCGGAAUGCGAGGAAUGAAAUGUAUUCCAGUAUAGGAAACGAUAAAGUGAUUGAGCCCUCUCCUUUGCUGGAGGAUCCGUACAUUCCCAACGUCAGAAAAGAAGAAUGCUCUGAAGCAGGAGAUGUAGGAGAGAUAAUGGCAAGGUUGGCAAUGGAGGCUCCCCCAGAACGACGCUCUGCUGUGGCAGAGGCAGAGCCUAUGGUUAAAAUUGGCCCGCUCACUGGCUUGGAGGAGGAUCCUUACUUUCCCAGGACUGAUCGUGAUCUUCAUCCUCCUAAUUACCAGACCAAAGUUUCUGAUCCUACCGGUUUAGGGGCUGCGGAGGUGGAUGUUGCUCCGCUUGUCGACCGCCUCGGCAAUCUGCGCGUUGGUGAAUCGAAGACUGAACCGGAAGAGAUGGAUUACACCGGAAGCCACGAUCAUAUUCAGAAGACUCGAUCAGAAGAGAUGGAUUACACCGGAAGCCACGAUCAGUUCGCUCCCCAGCCUAUUCCAAUUAGUGACGAGUUCAAUCCCAAGAGAGUGGAUGAUGAUCUCGUGCUGCCACGAGACACGGUCGCUGAGAAGAUUUCCGCAGCCACAUCUGUUAUAGCUGAGAAAGCGUCCUCUGCUAAGGAUAUGGUGGCGUCGAAACUCGGAUACGGCGGCGGCGGCACCCAAGUGGUGGAUGAGGCUCCGCGGAAAGGUGCACUGGAGUCGGUAAGCGAGAAACUGGCGCCGGUGUAUGAGAAAGCGGCUGGUGCAGGGACGGCCAUAAUGUCUAAGAUGCAGAGAGGUGGAGUGGCGGAGGAGAGUGAUAGAGGGGUGUCGGUACAGGAAUACUUGGUUGAGAAGUUCAGCCCAGGGGAGGAGGAUAGGGAGUUGUCGAAGGUGAUCAGCAGCGCCAUUAGAGGAGAAGGACAGCAGGAGGAGGAGGAGGAGGUGAAGGAAAGGGUGAGGGUUGAGGCGGUGGUGAGUGAUGAGAAGGCGGCUGCGGGAGUUGUGGAUCGGGUGAAAGGCGCUAUUGGGACGUGGCUGGGCAAGAACCAUCGUGGACACCCGCCGGGUGAAGGGGAAGGGCUGGAGAAGGAAAUAGCUAGCAAGUUACAGGAGUAAAUCGACUGAUCCCAGAACCAUGGUUAUGGUUGUGUAGUGUUGUUAUCAAGUACCAGUAUGCAAGGGUUGUACGUAUGUGUGUGUGUAAAUUGUGUACCAAGUGGAUUCUAUCAUAGCAAUUCCGCUUUGUUUAUUGCACUUUUAUCCUGUGAAAUGUCAAUAAAGCAAUAUAAUAGCAAGAGUUGUAGUA